AUGGCUCCGAUACCCAACAAUCCUCGCUCGUCGGACUCUAACGUGGAUCUCGAGCACGCGGCGACAAUGAAGGAGCUAGGCGAAUUGAUGCUGGCGGAGAGGGAGUAUGAAAGCCCACAGGAGCUGGCAGCCUCUAUGCUCGUCUUCCCCGGGCGGCGGUCCCAACCGGUCUCGAUUGCCAGCUCGCGGACGUCGCGCAGCAACUCUCGGGUAUCGCAGAGGAGUGAGGAGAAGAUUGUCGUAUUCAAAGAUGAGAACGAUGGACGGCCGGUACAGAGGGCCAAUCAAGCUCCAAUCGGGCCCUCGGUGUCGUCGUCGAGAUCUACGAUGGAGAAAAAGCUAGAGGCUUUGCAUGCCCACUCGCAGUCAAACUCCGAUUCUUCAGCAUACCGAAUGCGGCCUGCCAAUGUCGUCGCUCAGCAUGUUAGCAAGGCGCAUCCGCACCUUCAAGCUGCUACCACCUCUCCCGAUGCCCAGAGUCUCGUCGAACACCUACACAGCAUCGCCGAAGAGCGAGCACAGCUUCUCCGCAGACUGACUACCCUCAACGAGGCGGAGAACGAAAUCUUAGCACGCCUCGCACACUCGAUCCCUCCCUCAGCAUCUGGACACUCGCGCACCCUGAGCAACGAAAACGCCGUUCUGCCUGCAUCAGCGCCGCGCACAGUACCUGCCGAACGUCCUGUUCUCCCCGCACCCUCAGAGAAGCUCCCGCCACUGCAGCCGUCGAAAACAGCCCGCACACAGCCGCGGCUUCCCCGCCCAGUCUCAGCGCCACCGAAAUCGACGCCCUCUGGCUCACAGCACCGUACACCGAGCACGUCCAAGCGCAUUCCACUCGGCGACAAGACGGACGCAUCUCUCGCGCCGUUCGACUCCGCACCGGCGUACACCAUGGAGCAACACAUCGCCUCUCCGGGGCGGAAGUCUCCAGACCGGGCCCCUGCCCCAGGCGAAGCCUCCUAUCACCCGACCGAAGAAGCCACGCCCGCUCGGCCCGGGCGCCCAGUCCAGGUGCCGACAAAGUUCGGCGACGACGAAGAAGAAGAAGAAGAAGCAUUGGAAGCCCACGGACAAAAGCGCGGCAGGCCAGGGACGCCAGCCCGCGUGUCGAGGUCCUAUGACGUGCCUCCUACCGUGGCGCGGAAGCGCUGGGCUUUCUGA